GUGCGAGGGGCUCUUGACCACUCCUGACUGGGAGGAGGGGUUACUGUAACCAUUGUGCUUCCUUGACACUGGGCCCCAGAGCAGGAAGAGGCCCUGAUCACUGCCCCCUGCCUUGUGCCAGGCUGCAGCGGUGCUCAGCAAGCCCUUCAGUAGCCUGAGUGAGGAAUGGUGUCAGGUCUGCCUGACACAGGCUCCUCUGGUUGGGAGUGUUGAUGUGAUGGAUCUGUAGGUCCAGUCUGCGGAUGUGUUUAAUCUUUUUGCGUUAGGUUUGGCAGUAUUGAGUUUUGUUUUCUCCCAUUCUACUGAAAGGUAGGCUGUAAUCCCAAUAGAGAGUAAAAUUGAUUCUCGUAUUUAUUACUAUGUGGGCUGAAGGUUAGAUCGGCACCUUGGCAAUUGAAGACCAGGCAGGGAGGGCUGUGACAACAGGACAGUUGAUCUGCCUGGCGAUGCUAGGCCUGGAAGCCAACACACCUUGCUCUGUUAUUGAUCUCAGUGACCCCAGAUUCCCUGGUUAGAACUGCAGGCCUGCUACUGGCCUGACGCCUAUCAAUCCAUUGAUCCUUGAGGUUGUGCCCCCUGGGGCACCCACAUGUCAGGGCCUACCACCAUGCGACUGAGCUCCCUGUUGGCUCUACUGCGACCAGUGCUGCCGCUCAUCCUAGGGCUGUCUCUGGGAUGCAGCCUGAGCCUCUUGCGGGUUUCCUGGAUCCAGGGUGAGGGAGAAGAUCCCUGUGUAGAGGCUGUGGGGGAGGCAGGAGGGCCACAGAAUCCAGAUUCAAGAAUUCGGCUGGACCAAAGUGAUGAAGACUUCAAACCCCGGAUUGUGCCCUACUACAGGGAUCCCAACAAGCCCUACAAGAAAGUGCUCAGGACUCGGUACAUCCAGACAGAGCUGGGCUCUCGUGAGCGGUUGCUGGUGGCUGUCCUGACUUCCCGAGCCACGCUGUCCACUCUGGCCGUGGCAGUGAACCGUACAGUAGCCCACCACUUCCCUCGGUUGCUCUACUUCACCGGGCAGCGAGGAGCCCGGGCCCCAGCCGGGAUGCAGGUGGUGUCUCAUGGGGAUGAGCGGCCAGCCUGGCUCAUGUCUGAAACCCUGCGCCACCUCCACACGCACUUUGGGGCCGACUACGACUGGUUCUUCAUCAUGCAGGAUGACACAUAUGUGCAGGCCCCCCGCCUGGCAGCCCUUGCUGGUCACCUCAGCAUCAACCAGGACCUAUACUUGGGCCGGGCAGAAGAGUUCAUUGGUUCAGGCGAGCAGGCCCGGUACUGUCAUGGGGGCUUUGGCUACCUGUUGUCACGGAGUCUCCUGCUUCGCUUGCGGCCACACCUGGAUGGCUGCCGAGGAGACAUUCUCAGUGCCCGUCCUGACGAGUGGCUUGGCCGCUGCCUCAUUGACUCUCUGGGCAUCGGCUGUGUCUCGCAGCACCAGGGGCAGCAGUAUCGCUCAUUUGAACUGGCCAAAAAUUGGGACCCCGAGAAGGAGGGGAGCUCGGCUUUCCUCAGUGCCUUUGCUGUGCACCCUGUCACCGAGGGAACCCUCAUGUACCGGCUCCACAAGCGCUUCAGUGCUCUUGAGUUGGAGUGGGCUUACCGUGAAAUAGAGCAACUGCAGGCUCAGAUCCGGAACCUGACGGUGCUGACUCCGGAGGGGGAGGCAGGCCUGAGCUGGCCCAUUGGGCUCCCGGCUCCUUUUACCCCACACUCUCGCUUUGAGGUGCUGGGCUGGGACUACUUCACAGAGCAGCACACCUUCUCCUGUGCAGAUGGGGCUCCCAAGUGCCCACUGCAGGGGGCUAGCAGGGUGGAUAUAGGUGACGCCGUGGAGACUGCUCUGGAGCAGCUCAAUCAGCGCUACCAGCCCCGUCUGCGCUUCCAGAAGCAGCGGCUGCUCAAUGGCUACCGGCGCUUCGAUCCAGCACGGGGCAUGGAGUACACCCUGGACUUGUUGCUGGAAGCAGUGACUCAGCGUGGGCACCGGCGGGUUCUGGCCCGCAGGGUCAGCCUGCUGCGGCCACUGAGCCGGGUGGAAAUCUUACCUAUGCCCUAUGUCACUGAGGCCACCCGAGUACAGCUGGUGCUGCCGCUCCUGGUGGCUGAAGCUGCUGCGGCCCCAGCUUUCCUGGAGGCCUUUGCAGCCAGUGUUCUGGAACCACGAGAACAUGCGUUGCUCACCCUGUUACUGGUCUAUGGGCCACGGGAAGGUGGCCGCGGGGCCCUGGACCCAUUUCUUCAAGUGAAGGUUGCAGCAGCUGAGUUAGAGCGGCGGUACCCUGGAACAAGGCUGGCCUGGCUCGCUGUGCGAGCGGAGGCCCCUUCCCAGGUGCGACUCAUGGACGUGAUCUCUAAGAAGCACCCCGUGGACACUCUCUUCUUCCUUACCACCGUGUGGACAAGGCCUGGGCCAGAAGUCCUCAACCGCUGCCGCAUGAAUGCCAUCUCCGGCUGGCAGGCCUUCUUUCCGGUCCAUUUCCAGGAGUUCAACCCUGCCUUGUCACCACAAAGGUCACCCCCAGGGCCCCCAGGGUCUGGCCCUGACCCCCCGUCCCCCCCUGGUGCUGACCCUUCCCGGGGGGCUACUGUAGGGGGCAGAUUUGACCGGCAGGCUUCUGCAGAGGGCUGCUUCUACAACGCUGACUACCUGGCGGCCCGAGCCCGGCUGGCUAGUGAACUGGCAGGCCAGGAAGAGGAGGAAGCCCUGGAGGGGCUGGAGGUGAUGGAUGUUUUCCUCCGGUUCUCAGGGCUCCACCUCUUUCGGGCCGUAGAGCCAGGGCUGGUGCAGAAGUUCGCCCUGCGGGACUGCAGCCCACGGCUCAGCGAGGAACUCUACCACCGCUGCCGCCUUAGCAACCUGGAGGGGCUGGGGGGCCGCGCCCAGCUGGCCAUGGCACUGUUUGAGCAGGAGCAGGCCAACAGCACCUAGUGCCCUGAGGCCCAGCUCUUUGCACUUGUCUUGUCUGCCUUAGCCCUGGGAUGGCAGGGCAAGCUGGUGGACAGAUGGAGGGCUCGUCGCUGUAUUUUUUUUUUUAAUAAGAAAAUGUUAUUAAAAGUGUCUUCUGCCAAA